AUGCCAUCAUUCAGCUCCGCAGCCCUCGCCCUCACUCUCGCAGUUGCCGGCUAUCUCCACGACCGGUGCAUGACACCCCCAAACACCACCACGACCCCCCACACCACCGACCGCGUCCGCAUCAUCUUAUCGCCCCAAAACCUCUACCUAGCGCGGAUCACCAAUGUAGCACUCAUCUAUCACAUCCUGGUAACGCUUUUCUCAACCCCCUCCCAAUCCGACCAAGCAACCCUCGCCAAGCUCUGCCCGUUCCCAUCGCACCUCGACCAUUCCACUGUAUCCUGGAGCGCCCGUACGACCGGGUAUCUCGCGCUCGUCGGCGUCGGCGCAUUCCUCCGCCUCGGCGCCUACGCUCGCCUGGGCCGGAACUUCACGUACGAGCUCGCGAAGCCCGAUCGCCUGACUACGUCCGGGAUCUACAGGUACCUGCAGCAUCCGAGCUACACGGGGAUGGCGCUGGAGUUGGCGGGGUAUUGCGGGCUGCUUGUGAAUUGGGUGGAUACGCCGAUUGCGUGUCUUGUUCCGGGGGCGUUGCUGGGGUUGGUGAGGGAGUGGGAGGGGGCUUUUCUUGUGCUGGGCAGUACGGUCUUUUGUGCGUUCUUCUCGGUCAGGAUCCGCGAUGAGGAGAUGAUGUUGCGGGAGAGGUUUGGGGCUGAGUGGGAGGUUUGGCAUGGGAAGACGGCGAGGGUUAUUCCGUGGGUUUUUUGA